CUCUUUCGAUACGCGAUUCGGGAUCCUAAGCUUUCGCAUUGGGCUUGGUUCACACAACAUGGACUGUAUACAGGUCGCCUUUUUGUGGAUGCUCGAUACACUCCAUAUUGCGCUGAGCACCCACGCAUUCUAUUUCUACCUUGUCGAAUCGUUCGGAAAAGAUCUCGCCUUGUUCAUAGUUAUUUGGAGCUUUCCGGUAACAGUUUUUCCUCGUCUCGUUGAUCUGUAGGAUCGAGUCCCCUUUUCCAUAUUAGCUGCAGCGUUUGGUCAAUAUGCUGAUUGUGUGUGGCGUGCAAGCGUGCGUCCCCUUCUAUCUGCGCUGUGAUAAAUCGGAAUCGAUGCCACAGCUUGUACGUUGUCAGAAUAGUGAGGUGUUCGUCUUCGUUCCGUGAAAGAUCC